CUGCAUCACUUAUAUAACCGAAUAAAAGUAUAUCUACUCUUCUUAUAUCCCCACAUAGCAACUCCUGCCUACAAGACAGAGCUUACUUUCAUCCGACCAGUCGAGGUGAGCCUAAAAAAGGCUGAUGAGGAGCAGAUCGUCGAAUUCGAGGCUCAGAUUCUGGCCGAUGUUCAGCCAAUUCAAGUGACCUGGAUGGUGGGUGAUAGGGAAUUGGUGCAGUCGGAUCGUGUUGAGAUGACGUACCUGGAGGACACCGGAGUGGCACGUCUUGUGAUCCGCAAAGCCAGCCAACCAGACUCUGGCCAGUAUACCUGCAUGGCUACGGGAGAGGUGGUGGAGCCGACGACGGGAAGGCGUCUCUCGAGGACGAUCACUUCUAGCGCCACUGUUCUAGUUGAAGGUACCGCAUUCGCAGAAAAUUUAUUUUUCCAUUAUUUUCGUCUAUUUUUUCCAAAUAUGCCAUAA